AUGAUUAGUACAAGAGCGAAAUCCCCAACACGUGCUGAGGCAAUAGCGAAAGCUUUAAAACCGGGACCAGAGUAUAGUUCUGGCGUUUUAUUAGGCAACUGGGUUGAGGACAGAAUAGAAUGCCCCAAAGAUGGCACGCUCUACUUUCCACCUAAAGAUAGUGUAGAUUUCGAUAAGCUGCAAAGGGAAUCAAGGCAGCCGGAUUUUCGCGUGAAUAGAUUGUACAGUUCACAGGGCAAUGUUGCUACAGUAAUUAAGCAUAGUAGCCACGAGAAAUGCGGAAACUACGCCACCACCAACGACCUGGUUUACAAUCAUUUACCAAAGCCGCUUUGUGGCCCCGUUCAACGCUAUUACAAAAGAUGCGCUCACCAAUACUACCCGCAGCCUGAUUUAAUGAAAUGCUAUGGUAAUGUCACGGAAUGGGGACUAAGAAAAUACUUGCAACAAGAGUGGGCUUGCUGCGAUGUACCAGAUUAUUUUUCCACCCUUAACGAAGAUACGUUUGUGGCCCCGUUGCCUUUUCAAUAUUUACAAGGUUCCGAACGGAGCGCGCGGAAUUCGAGCUUCACAAAAACUUUCCGUUACAAGAUGACGAAACCAAAACAGAAAAGGAAACAA